UAGUCUAGAGAGCAACCAGUAGCCCUCCGGUGUGUAGCUAUAUUCUAUAUUCGUGUGUGUUUGACAGCGUCUAAAACUGCAAACUCUUCAGAGAAUAGUAAAUAUAACCCAAGAUGGCUACUCUAGCCAUAAUUCUCGAUAAUAUGCUAGGUUACGUCAACACGGUACUCCAAUGUUACACGGACAUUUCUGAAGAUACGAAAAAACCCUGCUUUCAGGGGCUGGUUCCAUUGUUCAGAUGCCAAGGAUGUUCCAACAACUUCAGUGACGAAUGUCAACCUAGAAACCUUUCGUGUGGCCACACACUCUGCAAUCCUUGCACAGAGGCAUUGCUUGCAGGUGAAAUGCCUUGCCCUGAAUGCUGUCAAAAACAUCAAAUAAGCACGGAUGGCGAACCAGAGGUGAACUACCAGUUAUUAAGAGUCAUUCGAUCUGUGGGAAUCAAAGAAAUUAACAUUGGUGGUGUAAAUAGUACUAUGUUAACUGCUGACUUUUCCCAGCAUCACAACAAGCAAGACCUCAGGAAGUGCGUCGUCCACAACAGCCCCAAAGUGUUGUUCUGCCUCUCUUGUAAUUCAUGGGUUUGUGAAAACUGCAUAGUAGUAGACCAUCCAAUUCUCCCUAGGGGAUCCUGUUGGGUCAUCCAACUUACAGAAGCAAUAGAUAAGAUCAGAACGAAGUACGAAGAAGUUGCUUCACAGGUCCUGAAGGAGAUCGAGACUAUGAAGGACGACUUCGAACUGGAAUUUGGAAUGCACGACCUCUGUCUCAAACACUGCACUCAGGAGAGAUCUCACCUGCGCUUGCUUGAAGAACUCAACCCUCUGUUGCUGGGCAAAAGGGAGGAAAAUGACGAGGAAGUGAGGAAGGCCAAAGGCCGUUUGAAAGAGUUGGCUGAUUCAUUUCGGGCCACAAAUGCUCCUGAGGAGAUGACGGUGUCUUGCAAAGGGCUUCUCGACUUCCAAGAGGAACUGAAGGGCAUCAUCACCCAGGAAAAAGAAAGACUGACGUCGCCACGUCCCAUAAUGGUGGAACAUCUCAGAAUGGAUAUCAAAAGGUUAGCCGAGGGAAGGGAACCACUUUAUGCAACAUUGCAAGAGAACGGAAGACACAGAUGGGCCCAUGUUGCUCUCAAAGACCAAACACUUUUGGUCUAUGCACUGAAUGAAGGAAAGCCACCUAGUGAAGGUAUAACGCUCCCAUACAAGUUCGUGGAGGCUUUGCUGGAAAAUCGCAAGAAGACGCUGUUUCUGGAACUGGAGGCAGACGGAGAGAACUUGCAAGGAAGAGUGUUCGUUCAAUUACAGGAGGAAGGCCCCAUGCAGCAGCAAAUGCUGCUGAUGUGCUCUGGGAAGAAGGACGUCUCCUUCAGGAACACCAGGUUCUUCCGGGACGAAGAGGGAUACUUGAGCGGGGGAGUUUACCACAAUGCCGAUGGCUCCAAGGGCGGGACCAUAGUUCCAGGUCUCGGAGAAUGCUGGGGCGUCUCUCUGUCUACAGGCAUGAAGAACUAUUGCGCAGCUGUUGUGGGCCACAAGACCUCUACCAAGUUCCACUUCAUCUUAAGGCCGAGUAAAAAAGGCGUUGACAACAUUGUCGGCUUCGUAAGGCAAGGUCUUCACGUCAUAAAAGCUGCUGCUAAGUUGGAACCAGUUACGAAAUGCUACGUCAAAGACUGUGGAAUCUUUAUUCCAGUUAGGACAGUGACUGACUGUGACAAGACAGUGACUGAUAAUGAAAAUGAAUCUACCGAGUGAUUUGAUAUAAAGCAAAUCUCUAGAUCUGUAAAGCAUCCAUCUCCUUAUAUGUAUAUAUAAUUUGCACAGUUCUUCAGUUAUAUGCAAGAUGCCUGUGUAGAUGAAAGUUAUUUAUAUUUAAUUUUUAGAUACCUGACAAACCCACUGGAUCGUCUCAGAUGUGAUAUUAGCCAUUAGAAUCUGUUACACGUCUCUCCAAUGGAGAGGAAUUUAUAUUUUAUAUUUUAUAUUGUUUUUACUGCUCUCUUGUGCUGUUGAGUUUCGUGAAUAAAUGAAUAAAUUGG